UCUUUUGUAAGAUAACCGAAUCAACAGCCAUUAAGAGUUAACAUGUCGUCUUAUACAAUACACGGCGUCAAAGUUCACUUUCCAUGUAAAGCAUAUCCUUCCCAGGUCUCCAUGAUGGAAAAGAUUAUUAAAAGCAUUGACAAGAGGCAAAAUUGUCUGAUUGAAAGUCCAACAGGCAGUGGAAAGAGUCUUGCACUUUUGUGUUCCACUUUGGCAUGGCAAAGAAAGCAAUAUGAUCAAAUUGAAGCUCAAACAGAACCUGUUGAGAUAGGAAAGACCUUUCCACAAAAACCAAACGUGUUCAAAUGUGACAGCGGAGCCGAAAAUGUAGACGAGGAUUUUCAAGAUGGAAUAGUUAAAUUUAAUCUUUCCAAUGCUGAUGUGAACAAAAAACAAACAAAGCAGCUGAAAAAAAAGUCCCAUCCCGUUGAAUUUGAAGAUGAAUAUAAUGACGUUGUUGAUAGUGAUCAUGAGGUGCUUCAAAAUUGUGGAGAAGCGGUUGGCAACAUGCAAGAAUCUAAAAGGCCCACUGUUUCAAAGAUAUAUUUUGCCACUCGAACCCAUAAGCAAAUAUCUCAAAUCAUCAGGGAACUCAACAAGACAGUCUAUGCAGACGUCAGCAUGACUGUGUUGUCUAGUAGAGAACACACGUGCAUCAAUGAGCAUGUUUGUCAAUCAAGAAACAAAAACGAAGAAUGCAAAGUCCUGUUAGAAGCAUCGUCGUGUAGAUAUUAUGAUAAGGUGAAAAAAUACUUCAACCCAACUCAAAUGGCCUGCUAUGGAAUAACAAAAGCCUGGGAUAUUGAAGAUCUUGUAGCGUAUGGCCAUCAAAUCAAAGGGUGUCCUUACUUUGGCGCUCGCGAGUUGAGGGACAGCAGUGACAUCAUCUUCUGCCCGUACAACUACCUCAUUGAUCCACUUAUCAGAAAAUCGUUGGAAAUAAGUUUGAAAGGCGACAUAGUCAUAUUGGAUGAGGCGCACAACAUCGAAGACUCGUCCAGAGAGGCAGCCAGUUUCACACUGUCCAACCAGCAACUGGAAGAUUCCAUCGAAAAUAUCAACAUUCUCACUUCAAAUCACAGAUGUGACAAGUUGGAAGACCAUUCGAAGUUGAAGGAAAUGUGCGACCGGCUGAUGGAGAUAAUUGAAAAGAACAAAUUCCUGUUGGAUGAUUUUGAAGGAGGCAGUCGAACCUGGAAAGGAGGUGAAAUGCUGGCAGAGCUGGAUCUUGUUGCCUUGAAUUCAGAAAACAUAUGUUUAUAUGAGAAAUCAUUUAGAAAAGUUAUGGAGCCGUCAGCAAGCAACGAAGAAGCGUCGAAUGUUCAACGCAGCAAAAGAAAGAAUGAUGAGAAGAAAAAGUUGUCAUCAGCCACCGUCGGCAUGCUGGAAGGUGUCCUCACCGUCCUCUCGUUCGUCUACAAAAAUGACAAGAAACAUCUGCCUGAUUAUAGGUUUGUGUUGACAAGGUCAAUGUCAUAUUCUUCCGCUAGGGAAACAGACAAUCAGUGGAUGGGUAAGAAAAGACAUCCGAAAUCUAACUCAACCUGGGUGUAUCAUUUGAAUUUCUGGUGCAUGAAUUCUGCCGUUGCGUUCGUUGAGAUGAGCAGAGACGUUCGAAGCAUUGUACUGACCAGUGGUACUCUGUCUCCGAUGAAUUCCUUCCAGUCUGAGCUCGAUGUCCCAUUCCAAAUUCAGUUUGAGGCCAACCACGUCAUCGACAGCGACCAGGUUCUGGUAUCAUGUUUGUCUCGUGGACCAUCAAGGAUUGAACUGCUUGGCAGUUUCACAAAUUCUGAGAGGUGGGACUAUCAGGACGAAGUUGGAUCCAUCCUCCUUGAUGUUUGCUCUAUUGUACCACAUGGCGUCUUAUGCUUCCUACCUUCCUACAAAUCACUUGAAAAACUGACCUCCAGAUGGCAGAUGACAGGUCUGUUUGCCCGUCUCGAGAAGUUGAAAGUUGUGCACGUCGAACCUCGAUCCGGCGGCAAGGAAAGUUUUGAAAAAGUUAUCAGAUCAUAUUAUGAAGUCAUUGAUAGGACUUCAAAUGAUGGAACUGAUGGGCUGACAGGAGCGUUGCUGCUGGCGAUCUGCAGAGGAAAAGUAAGCGAGGGCAUCGACUUUGCGGACAAUCACGCGAGAGCUGUCGUCCUGGUGAGCAUACCUUACCCUAACAUCAAAGACUCUCAGGUGAAUUUGAAGAAAGAGUAUAACGACAUGAAAUCAAAUAAGGGCCUGUUGUCGGGUAGGGAAUGGUACGACAUCCAGGCAUUCCGUGCGUUGAAUCAGGCCUUAGGACGGUGCAUCAGGCACAGGAAUGAUUGGGGAGCGGUCAUACUGAUAGACAACCGGUAUGCCAGAAGUCAACAGAAGCACAUAUCAUGUACGUAUUUGUCGAAGUGGUUGCGACAUAGAGUGAAGUUUUAUGAUGACUACCAUCUCUCCCGUUUAAGUCUUGAAAAGUUCAUUUCAGAGCGAACAAACAUUCCUUCAAACCCUUCCACAUCUGAUGACAGUGCACGUGUUUCGAGCAGCAGUGCAAACCAGAAUGAAAUAAGCAAUGCUGACAACAACAAAGAAGCGAGACUCACCUUAUUUAACGUUGGUAUGACGUUGAGUCAAGUGCAAAACGCUUGCGAUUCUCCAUCAUUCGAUAAGGUUGCAUACCAACAACACUCACAUUAUUCCAAAAGUGGCUCAAAAUUUCUGCCAGCAAGAAACAACAUAACAUUCACUUCAAAAUUUAAGGGAAAUCUUGAAAAUAAACAUCAACUGAAUGACACGUCCUUACUAUCACAUGAUAUACAUUCAUCAUUACAUGGCGCAAACAACUGUUCAUUCUUAAAUGUCAACGACAAAGCUUCUUUUCUACUAUCGCACCGAGAUCAUUUCAACAACGAGAAUACGUCAUCGUCAAUUUAUACUCAUCUCGAUGAAACUUCAUGGCCACAUCAAGACCACCACGACAAACUGUUAUCAUUACAUCAUGAUCUCGACAUGAACGAACCAUCAUCACCAGCAGCCGGUCAAAACAAGCCACUUGAUAUUUCAAUUGAGCCUCUUAAAUUGAAUUCCAACUAUCAAAUGAAGGAUAUGAUCGAGAGAAACUUCCUUGAUGACAUGAUGACCUCGACCUCUUCACCUCCCUCACUCACUUCAGAUGAGAUGGAAAUAACAACUCUUCUGUCGACAAAAACUCCUUCCAUAUUAACUUCGACAGCAACUUUAACAGUAACACACAGUGGAGUUUCAUCUGAUUUGUUUUCUGACGACGACGGUGAUGAUGAUUUCACGACAACUAUCAACAAAAAGAUGGUUGCACAUUGUGAGGGCAAGCAGAUCCAAAAGGCAACUGGCACAUGCGAAGCAGACAACAUUAGCAUUUUGUGCAAUGAAAAUCAAGAAAAUGAUAAUUUUCCAAUGAUGUCAUGCAGUCCUGCGAAAUGUGAUGCAACUGCAAUUUUUAAUAAUAUCGACAUUAACGACAGCGACAAUGAUGACUUUCAAGCUAAUCCUGUUUUUACAUCUGCCAAGAAACCACAUAGGCAACUUUCCACCUCAAAGAAAAGAUUGGCCACCGCUAGCAAUGACAGAUCAAAGUGUAGGAAAACAUUAAAUUCUUGAGUCAUUUAAUUGCGUUUUAAUAAAAUUUUAAAAUUGUGGCGUGUUUUGCAAUCACUCCAAUGAGUGUUAACGAUAAUAAAUAAAUUUUCCUUUGAUAAUUAUGUCAGUCAAGUUUAUAGGGGUUAGGGUGUAUGUGUAGAUGUGUAAUGACCUGUAGCAAUCGAAUAUUUAGUUGAGUUUAUGGUAGCUUUUAAUAGAAUUUUUUAAUUUACAGUUUGCGGCUUCUAAACAAUUUUUUAUUUGCCUCCGAAAAUGUAGCGGUAAUGUUUCCAUGCUAGACAAAUAAAAAUAAUCGUUCACUUUUCUGUGAUAAAUUACUUUAUGUAUUUUAUUAAUUGUUAGUAAUUUGAUGUAUUAACUCAUUACAAGAAAAUUUUCAUAAGUCGACAGUAUUGUAUUUAAAAAAAGUAAAAAAAAUUUGAUUAAUCGUUGCGAUCAUUUUUCAAAAUAAAAGUUCUUGUCAUCAAUCAUAUCAUCUACAAGAUUUUUUUGAAGUCUUCAAGAUUUAAACUUUUUUUUUCGAUUAUUAAUUUUCUGAUCCUU